ACUGCCCUGUGCUUCCAGCAUGAGAUGACUGCAUCUGCACCUUCCUUGUUUAACUGGGAUUGAGGAAAUUGCAGACACCAUGGCUUGGAGAGCACUCAGCUGUUUGCUAUUCUGUAUUGAGAAAGGCAGAAGCUCUUAGGGGUGAACGAGAGGUCCCAGGUGUGCACUGUCCUGGGUCUCUGUCCCAUUCUACACAAUGGUGAUGGAGAGACACCUAAUAGUUGAUACUACCAGUAAUUCCUCUUGUGAUGCACUGCAGAAUCCCUGCAGUGUGACAACUGAUCUGAAAUGGCAGACAGAUCCAAAGUCUUUAAGAAAACCAGCCCCAAUGCAAAGCUCUCCAUCUACCUGGGGAAGAGAGAUUUUGUGGAUCAUGUUGAUUAUGUAGAACCCGUAGAUGGUGUCAUCUUGAUUGAUCCUGAAUAUCUGAAGGAUAGAAAAGUUUUCGUGACCCUGACAUGUGCAUUCCGCUAUGGCCGAGAUGAUCUGGAUGUUAUUGGUUUGAGCUUCAGGAAGGAUAUCUGUGCCAUGGCCACUCAGAUUUAUCCUUCUGUGCCAAAACAGGCACCAGCAACCCUCACUCCAUUGCAGGAAAAGCUGAUGAAGAAGUUGGGCGAGAAUGCUUACCCUUUCACUUUUGAGAUUCCAACCAACUUGCCCUGCUCAGUCACUCUCCAGCCAGGGCUAGAUGAUCCUGGAAAGGCCUGCGGAGUGGACUUUGAAGUCAAAGGAUUUUGUGCUGAAAAUCUGGAGGAGAAAAUUCACAAGAGGAAUUCAGUGAGGCUGGUGAUCCGAAAAGUCCAGUUUGCUCCACUGAACUUGGGUCCAGCCCCAAAGGCAGAGACUACUAAGCAGUUCAUAAUGUCUGACAAGCCACUGUACCUUGAGGCCUCGCUGGAUAAAGAGAUCUAUUACCAUGGUGACCCAAUCAGUGUCAAUGUUAACAUCAACAACGCCACAUCCAAGAUUGUGAAAAAAAUUAAAAUAACAGUGGAGCAGAUCACAGAUGUGGUUCUCUUUUCAUUGGACAAAUAUACCAAGAUUGUAUGUAAUGAAGAGAUAAAUGAAACGGUGGCUGCCAAUUCCACCGUCUCCAAAAGCUACACAGUGACCCCCACGCUGGCGGCCAACCGUCAGCAGCGUGGCCUGGCACUCGAUGGCAAACUGAAGCAUGGGGACACCAACCUGGCCUCCAGCACCAUCCUAAGACCUGGCAUGGAGAAAGAGGUCCUGGGGAUCCUGGUCUCCUACAUUGUGAAGGUCACCUUGGUGGUAUCCAGAGGAGGCAUCCUGGGAGAUCUCACUUCAAGUGAUGUUGGUGUUGAGUUGCCACUUAUUCUCAUGCACCCAAAGCCAACUGAUGACGUGCCAAGUGAGGAGGACAUUGUGAUAGAGGAAUUUGCUCGCCAGAAUCUCCAGGGGGAAAAGGAUGAUGAAGAUGACAAGGAGGAAGCUGACAAAGAAGGAAGUUAACUUGCUACCUGGCCAAAAUAGAGUAGUGACCAGUCACCAAUCUAGUACACCAGAGUGUGGGACAUAGAUCUGGUAGUGCAGUCCACAGUGUGCUGUGAAAGUACUCAAACCAGUGUUAUAUUUGUGAUGUAAUUAAUUCUUGUAUCUUCUUUCCUUCUCACCCCCCCCAACUGAUCCUUGCACUAGUCCUGAUUCCAAUGGCAUAAACAGACCAUAUAUGUACUAGUGAUAAACAGUAACACUCUUUGUAUGAAAUUGUCAUGUCUUGAUAGAACAGGAGUCUCAGCCAUUUCCACUCACCAGCUGACAGACCUUUAUAAAUAAAAGGUUCAAUUAGAGAUGGGAUGCUCCAUUUUCCUUGGUGUCUAUUUUACCUUCUCCUUCUGUUCUCUCCCUUUCCCUCCUUCAGGCAAAGUGUAUCUUGAGUAAGUUGGGAAUGAAUGUGAGGAAAAGGGAUGACAUAUAAUAGGGUCUUUCUCCAGGGCCAACAGACAUAGCCCACUUGGUCCCAGAAGCCUCUGUCUGGUAAUUUAUUUGAGAGAAAGAAUCAUGUAAUCUACUGGAGCAUCAGGACCAAUCACCACCACACUGGGAGGAGAGAUUUGUUUUUAGGUUACCAAUACAUUACCUUUGUCUGUUCCAGCCACCUCCUGCCCCAUUUUGGAAGAUGGGGUCAGAUGGGGUAGAAUAUUUCCUCUGUUGCAUUUCUUCUUAAUAGCAAACAGAAACCAGCAAUAGUUUACAUGGAAAAUAAACUGCUGAGAGUCCCCUGGUGUGAAAGGAUUCACCUGUUUGCAAAAGAAAGGAGGUCUGGCCCUUACUUGCUGGUCCUGACUAGCACAGCAAGUUCAUAUUCUGAAUGGGACAGUGGCUUUUAAUCAGUCCUAUUAAACCCAUUAAUUAAUUAAUUAAACCCAGCUUUGAAUGUUCACUAACAGAUAAAGCUCUUGCAGGGCUGUAUUUACCUCUGAGGGGUGGUUCUCUAAGAAACUUGCAUUGAAAAGGGAGAAGAAUGAGGUUUCAGUUCCCAGCCAACGAAUCUAGCUGUUGCAGACUCAUUUGCAUGUUUUUGCAAAGGCUACACAAUUACUUUUUUUUUCACAUACUCUGAAUAUAAAUGUUGAGAAGAGAUGUAAGACUACAGUGAAGUCCAGAGAGCAACUGCCAGGCACACAUUCACUAACACCACUCCAAACUGAGUAAGAACAGCACACAGCAUAUGCCCUGCUCUUGUCACUAAAGGCAAAUGAGAUGGGUUGAACUGGGAGCAGUACUGCCAUAGUACUCCUGGACAGUAAGAUUACAUGGAGACUAACCUAUAUUUCUAAGUCCAGAGCCAGCCUGCACAGCAUAGAAAACAUGGCAGCUGGAGGGGGAUGACAGCUAGACAUAAGGUGGAGCGGGCAAUUACUUUAACUAACAAUUUUAACUGAUGGGACUAUUGCCAAGGAAACAUAUUACAUUCUGUUCCUGUCACUUGCCUGAAUGCUGCAACGUUCUUCAGUAUCUUUCUAAAUAAAAAA